UGCUCCUCAGCUGAUAGCUGGGCGGACCAGUCUGGGAAGAGCGUGUCUCGCAUGCACACACAGUAGCGCAGGGCCCUCGCUACAGACCAGCGAUCCGCGCCAUCUAGGAAUCCACUGGACCACCUGCUGCUCGUCUUGUGAAGACCAGGCCGCCAAAGACUGCCCGACCAUGCCUAGCGCCGUGCGCUGGGCGCUGCUCCACCGGCAGGUGUCGGCGCUAUCCGCCCCCGCCGCCGCCUCCGGCGCCGCCCCCGCCAGGAGGCGCUUCUGCAUCAUCACGCCGACGCCGCCCCUGCCGCGAGCACCGCCGCCCCCGCGGCCCACGGCGCUCCUGGAUCUGCACCGCUCGCUAGGAGCGCGCCUCGUCGACUUCGCGGGCUUCCUGCUGCCCGUCUCGUACCGCGACCAUCCGGACCCCGCCGCCCACCUGCACACCAGGCGUCACUGUUCGCUGUUUGACGUCUCCCACAUGAUGCAGACCGAGGUGCGCGGCAGGGACCGUGUGGCGUUGGUGGAGCGCCUGACUCCGGCCGACGUGCAGUCGCUGCCCGACAACGCGGCCGCGCUGUCCGUCUUCACCCACCCACACACGGGGGGCGUGCUGGACGACCUGGUCGUCACCAAGACGGCCCUGGGCUACCUGCACCUCGUCUCCAACGCCGCGCGCCGCGACCACGACCAGCAGCUGCUCAGGGAUGCAGAGGCGGAGCUGCGCGCGGCUGGUCUGGACGUGGAGGUGCGGUUCCUGGAGCCCUCGGAGAUGUCGCUGCUGGCGCUGCAGGGCCCGGAGUCGGCGGCGGCGCUGCAACCCUGUGUGGACGUGGACCUGUCGGCGCUGGGGUUCAUGCGCUCCACGCUGGCCACGGUGUGUGGUGUGCCCCGAGUGAGGGUGACUCGCUGCGGCUACACGGGGGAGGACGGCUUCGAGCUCUCCGUGCCCUCCGCCUCUGCCACCCAGGUGGCCCAGAAGCUGCUCGGGUCCAGGAAGGUUCCCGUCAGGCCGGCGGGGCUCGGCGCCAGGGACUCGCUCAGACUGGAAGCUGGACUCUGCCUGUACGGGUCCGACCUGGAUGAGACGACGACGCCUGUGGAAGCUGGACUCUCAUGGCUGAUUGCUAAGAGACGGCGAGCUUCGGCGGACUUCCCCGGCGCCGGCGUGAUCCUGGAGCAGCUGCGCUCUGGGCCCCCGAGGAGGCGCGUGGGGCUGCGCUGGGAGGCUGGACCGCCAGCGCGAGCGGGGGCGGCGGUGGUGGCCGCCCUCAGCGACGCCGCCCCGGCGCAGGUGGGCCGCGUCACGAGCGGCUGCCCGUCGCCCUCGCUGGGCGGCAGCGUCGCCCUCGCCUAUGUGGACUCGCAGUACUCGAGGCCCGGCACCUCACUGGCUGUCCAGGUGCGCGGCCGCGACGUGCCCGUAGAGGUGUGCCGGCUGCCAUUCGUGCCGCACCGCUUCUACAAGAAGGACCAGCAGUAGAGUGUACCCACAACCUGGAGUCUCAAACAGCUACGCUUUCUUGACACCAACCCUCAAGACAUUUCUAGAUCCAUUGCCUCAGUCACCAUCAGCCAACGAAUCUCACAAUCUUUGGAUGUGCAAAUAACUGCUAUGGUCAACACCAGGAACCCCCUCUGCUUGCCAGACGUCCCAGCCAGCUACGAUGUCUUUCUGGUAGUGGGACUGAAGACAUUUCAGUUCCCAUCACCUCAGCCACCAUCGAUCAAUCCCAGUGUUUUGACAAGUAACACCUAAGCAGUCACCAGUAAAUCCACUAUUCAACAGCUGAAUUCUCUUCUGGCUGCCUGGCGUCUCAAGCUCUUAUAUUCUGGCACCACAGCUGAAGACGUUUCUACAUCCACCAGCUAAGUCAUGAUCAGCCAAUGAAUCCCUUAGUCUUUUAACAAGCAGCAACUCACUAAUGAUCGAGUAAUUUCAGUGGUCAACACCAGGACGCUGCUCUGGCUGCCUGGUGUCCCAACCAUCCAAUACCUGGUGUGAAGAUGUUUAUGUAUCCAUCAUGUCAGCUAUCAUCAGCCAGUAAACCUCUCAGUCGUUAGAGAAGUAGCACCUCGGCAGUAACUAAAUGCAGUGGUCAGCAGCUGAAUGCUCUUCUGGCUGCCUGGCAUCUCAAGCUGCUAUAUUCUGGCACCACAGCUGAAGACGUUUCUACGUCCACCUGCUAAAUCAUCAUCAGCCAAUGUGUCGCUCACUGUUUUGACACACAUCAUAUAAGCAGUCACCAGUGAAUUCACUGUUCAACAGCUGAAAUCUAUUCUGGCUGCCUGGCAUCUCAAGCUGCUAUAUUCUGGCACCACAGCUGAAGACGUUUCUAUGUCCACCUGCUAAAUCAUCAUCAGCCAAUGUAUCACUCACUGUUUUGACACACAUCAUCUAAGCAGUCACCAGUGAAUUCACUGUUUAACAGCUGAACUCUAUUCUGGCUGCCUGGCAUCUCAAGCUGCUGUAUUCUGGCACCACAGCUGAAGACGUUUCAAUGUCCACCUGCUAAAUCAUCAUCAGCCAAUGUAUCACUCACUGUUUUGACACACAUCAUCUAAGCAGUCACCAGUAAAUCCACUGUUCAACAGCUGAACUCUAUUCUGACUGCCUGGCAUCUCAACCAGCUAUGUUCUGGCACCAGGACUGAAGACGUGUCUACAUCCACCUGCUAAAACAUGAUCAGCCAAUGUAUCGCUCACUGUUUUGACACACAUCACCUUAGCAGUCUCCAGUAACUGCAACGGUCAACAUUUGUAUCAGCUUGGGGACCAAUAUGUCUCAACCAGCUUGAACAUCAGUUGCUUUCUGACUCCUAGACUGCUGGUGAUCCUACAUCCGUCAGCUCAGUCAUCUUCAAUUAAUGAACCUUCCACUGCUUUGACAGGCAUUGACUCAGCAAUCACCAAUAGCUACAGCUAACGAUCUUUUCUGAAGCAUCACCUCGACCAUUAGUAUUUGUUAAAUGUAUUGAUGUUUUUUCAGUCAGUUUUAUCUUAGCCAUCAGCUUCUCGUAACUCUACAUAUUGGCCAAGUAUGUAGUUUGAUGAAAUUUGGUGCUGAAUUCUACCACUGGGGCUGACAAUGUCUCUACAGCUCAAUUCUGGCACCAGGGCUGAAGACGUUCCUACAUCCACCUGCUAUGCCAUCAUCAGCCAAUGAAUUGCUCACUGUUUCGCCACACAUCACCUUGGUAGUCUUUAGUAACUGCAAUGAUUAACAUUUGGACCAGCUUCUGGUCCAGUGCAUCUCAACCACCUACGAUAUCAGCUGUUUUAUGACUCCUGAACUGAUGGUGACUCUACAUCCGUCAGCUCAGCCAUCUUCAGUUAACGAAUCUCCCAUUGCUUUAUCAAGCAUCACCUUACCAAUUACCAGUAGCUACAGCUAAUGAUGUUUCAUGAAGAAUCAUUUCAAACAUUGCUAUUAGUUGAAUGUAUUGAUGGUUUCUCAACGAGUUUUACCUUAUUCACCAGCUUCUCGCAACCCUAGAUAUUGACCAGGUACAUCUUUUGAUGAAACUUGGUACUGAAUUCUACCACUGCAGCUGACGAUGCCUCUACACCUAUCAGUUCGUCAAUCCGAAGAUGUUACUAUAGCAUUAUCGCAUGAAACAUCAAUGAAGUGGAGGAGCAAUUCACUCAUAAUAAUGCUUAUAUAUAUCAGAUUUCACAGUGCAAGUAUCACUGAAAUGGAAUUCAAACUUUCUCACUUAGGGUGCUGUACCCAUCUAAUUGAGCUAUUUCGAUACCAGUACAAAUCUUUCAUCAAAAACUGUAUGUCUCCCCAGCCUUUCUUGUUUCUUCGUUAUUUAAUAUUUCAGUGUCAUCUUUAACUGCACUAUUUCAUACUUCAACUCUGUAACUAAUUCACAAUAUCUUUCUCUGGUUCCAUGUCUUUCACUGAUUUCCUUCUAUCCCUCGUUAUUUGCUGUCCAUAUAUCCGUGCUAAUGUAAUUACCCCUUCAGUAUAUGAAACAAAAGAUAUUUAAAAAGAUAAGCAUCAAGCUAUAUACACGUUCUAACUAGAUACUUUUCACUUCUCUUAUUGUCUUUUGCAGUGCAGAUCUUCAUCUGCUCAUCAUUGUAGUUUCUUCUAAUCUGAGCUUUGGGCUGACUAUUUUCCUUAAGUUGCACUUCCUGCGUACCAGUUCUCCUACAUCUUCUUCCCUUUCUUCCCGGGUGACAUCACCAUCAUUGCAACCUUCAUACUUCUGCAUUACUAUUACAACUCCAUUUCUUUUCCACAACAGGUCUUCAAUGGUAGGCGUAAUAUAAGCACCUGUCCUUUGCACCAUUUUGUCUUUUUGUCUGUGUGCACUUAUUAUUACUACAUUUCAUUUUCUAACAGUGUUUCCUCUCUGUUGCUUUCGAAGUUGCAUGUACAGUACAGUAGGUUUGAGUUAAAAGGUUGAGUUCUUGAGGUCCCUCCUCCGUUACUAAUGCAACUGUCAGAAUUUCGCUGCAAUAUCAUUCCUUUUACUGAGAUCAAAUACAUCGUCUCAUAAAAUAUUUUAAGCUUUUCCCUGUACUCCUUAUUUCAGUCAGCGAUUAACAAGCAUGACACGCCUUAAUGAAACCUGAAGUGCAAGACCACACCUGGCAACAAACCUUUUGUACCUUUACAUAAAUAUAGCGAUUUCUCUCGAAAUCUGUGUGAUCAAAUACUUCAAAGAAAGAUAGAGCUAUUUUACAUUAUUCGCUGUUGCUCGCAGUGACAAUUUUUUUCAUAAGUUCACCUGGAUUUUCUGCUGGUGACUUUGAAUUAUUGCAAUUACAGAACUCUCCAAUCACAACUAUUCCUUUACAGUUUCAAAAGCACCGUACUUUCUGUGAUGUCGUGUGACGAUAUUAGUCUGUGAAAGUUGGAAGAUGAAGGGAAUCCUAAUAAGUUGCGAAACACAAUAUUGAAUGUGCUUGCCACAAUUAGAUAGCACAGGUGGAAAGGUGCAUCUGCAAGAAUUUCCAGACGGUAUCUGAAAACCGGACAAUGUUAAUGGGACAAUCUGAAAACGAUACGUCACGAAAAAUGUGUGAUGACUGAUAUUUACUCUGUUUUAUUUACCAGAAUUCUAUUUUUUAUAUCAUUGUAAUUUUGCUCAAAAAGAAAUAAAGGUAUCAGCAUAAUAGAAGUCAAA